AACCCUAAUUUUUAUUUUAGCCAAAGCAUUUUUUUAUUAGAAUCCAAGCACACAUAUUGUUAUCUUCCAAACGCCAGCCGACUCUUUACCCUUCAUUCCACAUUUCUUCCACAAAUCAACCGUUUCUUCUCAAAUCUAAGGCAAAGCAAAGCACGCAGCAAUCAUGGCAGAUGAUGAAGUGAAGGAUGAGGUGCCGGAAAUUACAUCAUUUGAUCCUACUAAAAAGAAGAAGAAGAAGAAGGUUGUGAUUCAAGACCCUGCAGAUGAAUCUGUUGACAAGUUGGCAGAGAAAACCGAGGCAUUAUCAGUUUCUGAAGGGCUUGACUUUAGCAAUCUGAAAAAGAAGAAGAAGAAACCAGUGGAGGGCAAUACAUUCACUGACGAAAGUGGGGAUGCAGGAGAUGAUUUUGAUGGUCAUAUUGAUGGGGAUGAAGAAGGCGAAGGCAUUGUCUUGCAACAACGAUACCCUUGGGAUGGAACUGACCGUGAUUAUAUAUAUGAUGAGCUUCUUGGUCGGGUGUUCAACAUUCUCCGGGAGAACAACCCUGAGCUUGCUGGAGACAGACGUAGAACUGUUAUGAGGCCUCCACAAGUUCUUCGUGAGGGCACCAAGAAAACUGUUUUUGUAAAUUUCAUGGAUCUAUGCAAGACAAUGCAUCGACAACCGGACCAUGUCAUGGCCUUCUUGCUUGCUGAGCUGGGGACAAGUGGCUCACUUGAUGGGCAGCAAAGGUUGGUUGUGAAGGGCAGGUUUGCACCAAAAAAUUUUGAAGGGAUCCUAAGGCGUUACAUCAAUGAGUAUGUCAUUUGCCUUGGAUGCAAAAGUCCAGAUACAAUUCUUUCAAAGGAGAACCGUCUUUUCUUUCUCAGAUGUGAGAAGUGUGGGUCUGGCAGAUCAGUUGCUCCGAUUAAAGCUGGUUUCGUUGCUCGUGUUGGCCGCAGAAAUGCUGGUACUUAGGGUUUUGAUUCCAUCCAAAAUGAUAUUCCAGAGGUCAAAAAUUUAGGAACACCUGUUGUUAGUAUCUACAAGUAAAACGUUGAUGAGAUUUUUUUUUUCUUUUAUUGAUAAUAAUGCUGAUGAGAUUUUGAAUGGUACUAAAGAUUAAGGAAUGUGUGUGUUUGAGACA